UGUCAUGUGCUAACUGGAUGAUGUGUCAACCAACAGGGGGAGAGGGGAGUUCGGAAGACUAGUUUUCCUCCUCUUAUGGCAGCAGUGUCGGGGAAAUGUCCGUGUGUGUGGCUGUUGCUGUGGCUCUGCGUCCGGCUGUCCGUGACCCAAAACACCCGAGUCUCUAUGGACGAUGACAUUCUGCUGCCGUACGCCCACGGCCACGGUCCGUCCCACUCUCACCGCUAUGUUAGAGACUGUCAACCCAUCGUUCAUGGCAACACCACCCAUGAGAGCUGGCCCUCCAGUAACCACAGCGGGCUGCCUUUGGCCGAGUCCUCAGUGUUCGUGACGGAUGUGCCAGGAAGCUCCAGAUAUGUUUACGGCCACAUGACGGUGGUCCACGACCCGCUGAGGACGGUGUCGGUGUUGGAGCCAGGAGGGCCAGGUGGCUGUGGGAUGAAUCAGAGGGCCUCGGUGGAGGAGACGGCCAAAGCUGCUGGGUGUCUGUUUGCCCAGAACGGCGGCUUCUUCGAUACGCACUCAGGCAAAUGUAUCGGCAACGUGGUGAGCGACAGCAGGAUGGUGCAGGACAGCGGCGGGGUGCAGAAUGCCCAGUUUGGAAUCAAGAGGGACGGCACCCUCAUGUUCGGGUACCUGUCACAGGAAGAUGUUUUGGACCAGUCCAACUCGUUCGUCCAGCUGGUCAGUGGUGUGGUGUGGCUGCUGAGGAACGGCGAGGUUUACAUCAACCAGAGCCUGAAGGCCGAGUGUGACAAGUCACAGGAGACAGGACUGUUCCGCACUUUUGUGGAUGUGGUGUCGGCCAGGACGGCGGUGGGCCACGACGCCGAGGGCAAACUCAUCCUGUUCCAGAUUGAUGGACAGACUGGAGUGAGAGGGAUGAGUCUUUGGGAGGUGGCUGAGUUCCUGAAGAAGUACGGCGUGAUCAAUGCCAUUAAUCUGGAUGGAGGCGGGUCUUCCACCUACGUGAUUGAUGGCUCACUGGCCAGCUACCCCUCUGAUCACUGUAUACCAGACAACAGGUGGCGCUGUGGCCGGCGCGUCUCCACCAUCCUGUGUGUUCACCAGCGGCGCUGCCAGCCGUCGGACUGCAGCGGGCACGGGGACUGUGUGGACGGACGCUGUCGGUGCCAGGCGGGCUGGAAGGGUCCCUCCUGUGACUCUCUGGUGUGUCAGCCGCCAGCCUGCGGCGCCCAUGGUGUCUGCACUGCCAACGGCUGCGUCUGUGAUGCUGGGUGGAGAGGGAGAAACUGCAGCCAAGAGUGCCUCCCGGGUUUCUAUGGCGACGGCUGCAACCAGACCUGCACCUGCCGCAACGGCGGUUCCUGCGACCCCGUCCACGGACGCUGCGCCUGCCCACCUGGUUUCCACGGCAACGCCUGUGAAGAAGUGUGUCCUCUGGGCUUCUUCGGUCCGUCCUGCACUCAGGAGUGUCACUGUGACGACCAGUGCCCGUGUGACCCACAGACAGGAAGCUGUAACGCCACGCUGCCGCGAGAGACCAGCGACACCUUACACAGAGCUGGACACUGUCUGGCCACACAGAUAUUUGCAUCUUGGAGACAAGAAGAAGAAGCUCACAGAGGGCAGCGUUAUCUAACAGAGCGAACGUGGCUGAUCAUCACCCUCGCCUUGGCCUCUCUGUUAUCGGCCAGCCUGCUGGUUCACCUCACACGGGCCUGCCGCCGCUCGGUGGCGGCUCCCUUCCCCGAGCGUCAGGACUACUCCUACGUCCCGCUGACGACCAUCAACGGAGCCGAUCCACGUCCCAGAGCUGAUGCCGGGGAAGCCGGGGAAGCGGAUUUUGGAUCGGACGACUCGGACUCUCAGGAUGAAAUCUUCUCACCGUCGCACACGGGGAGGCCGCAGCUGUGAGGAGGAUCGGGGACGAGGACCGAGGACUCUUGUUACUGCACAGAGAGAAGCAGCUGCGGUAAUCAUUUCCACUGACAGCCCUGCUGCGGUGAAACAGAAGCUGGAGGAGGAAGCACUGCUCCGCGCUGCUCAGCUGGUCAGGUGUUCGCUCACACGUCCUGUGUCCACUCAGAGCUUUGUUUCGCCUCCAUCCCAGCUCCAGGUGGGACGAAGUCAGAGGGUUAUCCAGUUAUCUUUGAGCCUAACUCAGGUUUUUCAGCAUCACAGAGCAGAUCACCAUGGUAACAAGCUGUCAGCCUGCAAAAAUGCAAUCAUCAAGUAGUGAGUUUACAAAAAAGUCACCAGCGAUAAAGAGCAACUGAGACACCUUCAACAUGUCGAUACUCAUGAUCAGUUUAUUAGAAAACUGAGCUCACCAGUGUUGAGCUCAGUGAAGCAGGAAACCCAGAGAGAACCAGAGUCAGGUGAGCUUCAUGAUGCAGACUCCAGGUACGAUGAGCUAACAGAUGAACUUUAACUCCAGUCAGGAAGGUGCUGGAGUUCAAAACAAAAUGUUGCUCAGAUUUUAUCUCAUUCGUUUCCUGUUUUCUUCUCAUGCACCGAGCUGUGUGUCUGAAUGUAAAGAAUGUAUGAGGUUAAUGUGCAAAUAUGAAUCAUAAUAGAUGAAAGAAGCAGUUUUCCUGUCAAAAUGUCACAAAUUUGCUUUAAGUUUAAUUCUUAUGAUUUUUUAUUAAAUCAAACCUUGUUUCUUGA